AUGGUAAUUUCUCAUAGAUUCUUAGGUUACCUGAGAGUUAUUGGUGGUGAGGUUGGUGCAACAUCGUCUUUAGCACCGAAAAUUGGUCCUCUUGGCUUGUCUCCUAAAAAAGUCGGUGACGAUAUCGCAAAAGCAACUCAAGAAUGGAAAGGUCUUCGUAUUUGUGUUAAAUUGACUAUCCAGAAUCGACAAGCGACCAUCAGUGUUGUUCCUACGGCUUCUUCUCUCAUAAUCAAAGCCCUUAAGGAAGAGCCUCGUGAUAGGAAGAAAGUAAAGAACAUAAAACACAAUGGGAAUUUGACAUUUGAUGAGAUAAUAGAAAUUGCACGAACGAUGAGACCCAGAAGCAUUGCCCGUGAGCUUUCUGGAACAGUGAAAGAGGUUCUGGGAACGGCAAGAUCGGUCGGCUGUACAAUUGAUGUUGCAAAUAAACUUUUGAGCAUAAACUAA